AUGGCACGUAGACCACCAGGCACAGAAGUCGACGCCCUCAUCACACAAUACCAACAUCUCUCCGGAUUCUCCAGAAGCGAUGAAGCCCUUCACACGCUCCGCAAGAUCGGUAGCAUGGUCAAACCCAUCAUGCGACAACGAUCAUGGCACGUCGGAACUCUCGCAGAAUUCUACCCAGAUCAGCAGAACCUGCUCGGACUCAACAUCAAUCACGGCCAGAAGAUUCAGCUCAGACUACGCUAUCCUGGCGACCAGAAUCAAUUCCUCCCAAUCGACCAAGUGCUAGAUACAAUGCUGCACGAGCUCUGCCACAACGCCAUCGGACCACACAAUGAACAAUUCCACGCUCUAUGGGAUCAGCUGAGAGAUGAACAUCAAUCGUUAGUCCGCAAGGGAUACACAGGUGAAGGCUUCCUCGGCAAUGGUCGAUCUCUUGGUGGGCGACGAAUGCCUCUCCACGAAGCUUCGAGACUCGCGCGACAAGCAGCAGAAGAACGAAAGAAAGCCGCUGAAAGAGCAAGAGGUAGCGGACAGAGACUUGGCGGGAUGGGAAUCAUGCGUGGUCAAGAUGCACGACAAGUUAUCGCCGACGCUGUAGAACGACGAAUACGAAUCGAAAAAGGUUGUGCCAGCGGCACAGCAAUGGGCGAUAGAGUCGCUCACGACGAAGCCAUCAACGGCAAUAAACUCACAACCACUCAGGCUGGACCCGACGACGAGAACGAAGCCACAAUGAUGCAGGCAUACAUCGACCUGAUCCAAGAAGAGGAAAGAGAGAAAUUCGGCGGCUAUUACAGUCCACCAUCUGCUGAUAAUCCCGCAGGGUCAAGAGGUCAAGCUCCAGGUCAGAGUUCCAACAUAGAAAACAAAGCAAAGUCCCUUAUGGAGCAGCAACGCGAGAUCGAGCAGGAAAUUUUACGAAAGAAACAGAACCAGCCUUCAAACCCAGCGUCUACACACUGUCUAAAAUCCACACAGCAAGAUCACCUUCCUCCACCAGAAGCAACAAAAGCACCCCCACCCCCAGCAAUCCCACCAGAACCCGAAUCCACAACCUGGACCUGUGAAAUCUGCACCCUAGUCAACACACUCUCAUUCCUCUCCUGCGACGCCUGCGGCAUAGAACGACCGUCUUGGAUCUCAGCUACCCUAGACGAUCCUCAGCAGCCUACAACAAAUCACCGCAAGCCGCAGCAGUCAGCCUAUACUACGCAGAACGUGCUCAAGCCAAGGUCAUCCGCUUAUGACAGUAUAUCGCGUUUCAAGGCGGAGCGUGCAGAGAAGAUUAGUAGAGGUCCUGUGGGUUGGAGUUGUGUUGGCUGUGGGAAUUUUAUGGAGGCGGAGUGGUGGACUUGUGCACAGUGUGGGAGGAUGAAGACGAGUUCGUGA